ACGAGGAGUUUGCAGCAGUCUCUCCGUUCUGUCCAAGGCAGUCGGCGGAAAACAUCACACUCUCGCUCGUUUUUGCCAAGCUGUGUUUGAUUCAACUCAUUUCGCAGCCGAAUCGCGGAGGCAUCACGGCAGAGAAAAACCCGCUCUCUUUCCCAGAAGGCGUAUUACUGCGCGUUUCCAAACACAGAGCAACGCCAAGAGAAGCAUGUGUGGGUGUUAAGUCAUAUGCUUGGACGACCUCAUUGCCCCUGAAUACGGAGCUGCUUUACCUCUGAUUGCCCACUUGUCCAAAGACUGACACCACACCAUGUCUGCAGAGGUAGACCGAGCGCACGCAUCUUCUGCCGAUCCCAGCCUCACCUCUACAGUCUCAACCUCCAACACCCCUCCCAACUCUCCUAUAACACAGGCAUCCAAAGUCCCAUUCAGGAAAGAGAAAAAGAAAGUAACAGAGAAGACAGAUGAAUACCUGCUGGGCAGGUUUCAAGGGGAUGGUGUCAGGUACAAGGCCAAACUGAUCGGCAUUGACGAUGUUCCAGAGGCUCGUGGAGACAAGAUGUGCCAAGAUUCCAUGAUGAAACUUAAGGGUAUGGCAGCAGCUGCUCGGUCGCAAGGCAAGCACAAGCAGAGGAUCUGGGUCAACAUUUCCAUGUCGGGCAUCAAGAUCAUUGAUGAGAAAUCGGGCGUGAUUGAACACGAGCAUGUGGUGAAUAAGAUCUCCUUCAUUGCCAGAGAUGUAACGGAUAACAGGGCUUUUGGAUAUGUGUGUGGAGCUGAAGGACAGCAUCAGUUCUUUGCCAUAAAGACUGCACAACAGGUAACGCACAGAACUGCCAUAGACAAAGUGUCUCAAUCUGGUCCAUUGGACAGUCAUUUUCACAUCCAGCCAGUAGAGCAGCAUGACCUUUUUGGAGAUAUGUCAACCCCUCCAGACAUUCAGGCUCCAAAUGACUCUAAUGAUAUUCUCUUACUGGACUUUUCUGCUGAAGUUGACAGCAAUCAAAAUUGCAUAAAGGGAAAUUCCUUUGUAACUUCCUGUGCCCCUGACUAUAGGGCAUAUCCCCAGACAGAGAAUCCAUUUUCCUCAACUUUUGGCUAUUUCCCAACCCCAGACAGUGACCCUUUCAGAGAUGACCCCCUUUCUAAAUCACCCACUCUAUUGGCAGCUGAUAAUGCACAGAUUCCCGUCAACACCACCACCAAUCACCUAAACGGCACUGUUGGCAGCACUAGUAAGACAAUUAUUAAUGGUGGUUUAAAUGGAGACUCUGAACAUCUCAGUCAGCAAAUAAAUGGGUUAUCCAGGGAAACCAUGAUCCUCGCGCUCAGUAACGGACAGUGGCCGCUGGGGGGUAAAAUAACUCAGGGAAACACGACUACCAUGAUGGAUGGAAAUGAAUCUGGACAAGUUCUCUCGAACAAAAAUCCAUUUUUUGACUCUUUGAAAACUUCCCCUGUCUCUAAUGAAAUGACCCAUCGCCCAGAGCUGCCAGUGACUCAUAGCAAGGAUUCAGUUCUCAUAAGCCCGCCUCCGCACAACUCUAAGUCUGGACGAGGUCGAAGGAGCGCAAAGUCUACAUCAAGUGAUCUGUUUGGAGCAGAACUGUUCGCUGCUUCCAGUCAGUCUGAGGGGUCAUCUGCUCCAGACCUCUUCAACAGUACACCAGCAAACUCUGCUCCCUCUGCCAUAGCUGCUCUGGGGAAUCUCCAGUUGGGUCCACCAGCUACCACAAAUGUCCCUGCUGUAACCAUGUGGGGAGCCUCCAGUGCUGCACCCAACAUGUUCCCCAUGCCAGGAGGGACAGUUCCAGGGCCCAGGCCCGCCUUCCCACAGCCAUCUGCCUUUGGUGGUCUACCCAUACCACCAACAGGUUGGGGUCAGCAGAUGCCACCACAGUUUGCUGCCGCUCCUCUUUCUCCACCCCACCUUUCUUGGGGUCAACCUGCCUCUACCAAUCCUUUCCAGCCUAAUGCAUUCCCAGGUAUGGGUGAUCCACAGGGUCCAUCACGCCCCCCUCCAAGAGCACCUGCUAAACAGGGCCCUCCAAAAGUAGAGAACAGUGCCUUCACAGCUUUGGAUCCCCUCGGAGAGAAAGAGAAGAAGACUGGGAAAGACAUGUUCAAGGACUUCCAGCUCGCCAAGCCUCCUGCCAUCCCAGCCAGGAAAGGAGAGCUUGCAGCAGGGCCAGAUCCAGCUUCCAGUGGUAAACAACCGGGGGCAUUUGAUCAAUACUUCUCCACUAAAGUGGGCCUCGUGCAGGAUGCUGCAGAUCACGAUGACUUUGAAAUCAAUAAGAUGCCGUCAAUUGAUGCCUCUAAACCAGCUGCUGCUCCAGCUGCUGCUCCAGCUGCUGCUCCAGUUCCAGGGCUCUUGGAUGUUGCCUUCUCCUCUGCUCCCAUCCAAAACAGUUCAGCACCACCCCAGGGAUCAGAACUUGGUCAGGACAUGUUUGACAAAGCAUUUGGAGCCCCUGACUCCAGUCCAUUUGGAGUGCCACCUGUAGCUAUGAAUACAUCUGUCGGUCAGAGCUCUGGUUCAACAGCUGCCUUUGAGGAUCCUUUUGGAAAUCCUUUUGCUUGACCACAACUUUGUCCAUAAUUGGAGUAAAUGGAACAAAUGAAGAUUUCCACUACCAUCAUGAUGUUUGGGAGAAGCUGCUCGGUGCAUGACAAUCCGGAAAUGAACUAUUAUCCUAGACCCACCCUUCUAUUAGAUCUCCACCUCUGAUGGUGUUUCGUUUUCUGGG